UUUUGUUUUUGGAUUCUGUGGACCGAAUCAGCACAGGACAGCGGGGUCGCUGUUAGAGGCGAAGGAUAGCCCAAGAGAGAAUUGAAGUACCACUACACCUUACCGUGAAGAAUUCUGAUGGAAUAUCUCGGUAUUUUAUAGUCUUUGCUGAUAGCCCUGAAACUACAUUUGAUACUAUGAGUAUUCGAUGGACGGUACCCCGGAAUUCAUAUGCUGGAACACUUUUUCCAGCUAAACGACCUAUUAAUCAAGGGACAAAGCAACAGCUGCCAUCUGUUGAGGAAAUAUUCCUAUAUUUAUAAAGCAUUCUUUUGAGCCCCACUUAGCGCCAGUUCUCUCAGAAUGCUGUUCGUGAUUGCAUUGCUCUGUUUUGGUGUUCUCCAAGCCACGGGGCUCCCAGUCCCAGCUCCAGUCUCAGUAACAGUGGAACCUCAAACCACCAAGCCAUCCAUAAGGACUUCCUAUGCAAAUUAUAAGGUGUUUCGGGUGGGAAUCCACACUAAAAGUCACUUUGAAGUGAUCGAAUUUCUGCUGUCUGAUCCCGAGAUGUAUAAUUUGUGGCGCAUAGGCAAGAACGAGGUGGACAUAAUGGUACAUCCAAGGGUGCUACAAGAAUUUAACAACACGGUGACGAAGGAGUCGUUCAAUGUGCAGCUGUUGGUGCCCGAUGUUCAAAAACUCAUAGAUGCAGAGAAGGCAAGGAAAUAAACGAGACCUAGUACAUUUUCAUAGA